CGCCCCGGGACCGGGGACGCCGUGACCCCACGCUGCGGCCGGCCCGCGCCGGAGCAUCCCGAGACCGCGCCGCGCUCCCGGCCGUCUGAGAACCGUGUUGAGUUCACAGGACCGCCACAUAAACAUUGAGCCCAGGGAGGAGACGAAGGGGACCUAGCACCCCUCUUAAAAACCUCAAACAUGGGAAAGUCUCUUUCUCAUUUACCUUUGCAUUCAAACAAAGAAGAUGGUUAUGAUGGGGUCACAUCGACAGACAGUAUGAGGAACGGACUGGUUAGCAAUGAAGUGCAUAAUGAAGACGGAAGAAACGGAGACGUCUCCCAGUUUCCGUACGUGGAGUUUACGGGAAGAGACAGUGUCACCUGUCCCACUUGCCAAGGAACAGGAAGAAUUCCCAGGGGGCAAGAAAACCAACUGGUGGCAUUGAUUCCUUACAGUGAUCAGCGGUUACGGCCAAGAAGAACAAAGCUGUAUGUGAUGGCAUCUGUGUCUGUCUGCCUGCUCCUGUCUGGGUUGGCUGUGUUUUUCCUUUUCCCUCGAUCUAUUGAUGUGAAGUAUAUUGGCGUAAAAUCAGCCUAUGUCAGUUAUGAUCUUCAAAAGCGAACCAUCUAUUUAAAUAUCACGAACACACUAAAUAUAACAAACAAUAACUAUUAUUCCGUUGAAGUUGAAAACAUCACUGCUCAAGUUCAGUUUUCAAAAACAGUUAUUGGGAAGGCGCGCUUAAACAACAUAACUAAUAUUGGUCCACUUGACAUGAAGCAGAUUGAUUAUACGGUACCCACAGUUAUUGCAGAGGAAAUGAGUUACAUGUAUGAUUUCUGUACACUGCUCUCCAUCAAAGUACACAACAUAGUACUCAAGAUGCAAGUUACUGUAACAACAACAUACUUUGGACACUCUGAGCAAAUAUCUCAGGAGAGGUACCAGUAUGUCGACUGUGGGAGGAACACCACUUACCAGUUGGCCCAGUCUGAGUAUCUAAACGUCCUCCAGCCACAAGAGUAAACUCUAAAGGAGAUGUAAUUUGAGCCAGUGACACACCAGAGACAUCUUCGGAACUGUCAGUGAGGAGGUACUGGCUAGAAGGACAUCUUUAAUUGAGCACUAAAGUUCACACUCAGACAUGGAGGGUUCAGCUAACAGAGUGUGGUCCUUACAGUUAUUGAACUCUCAUUCCUUGUUGCUGGUUUGCUCCUACCAAGAGCUUUUACUCGAUCGUAAGUUAACUGAUUGGCUUUCUUCUGACCUUUGUUCCCAAGGUGAAAAAUUAAGACUUCCUCUAAAUACAAUAAAUAAUUAUAUAAAAGUGAUAGACUUAAUCUAUAUCUCUUCUGAUUAUAUAGUUCAGUCAUGAACAUAAUUUGAAAAAUAGCUUAUGAAGAUUUUUAUAUGAAAUUAUUGAAAGCCUGUUAUUCAUGGAGUACUUUUAAAAACUGACCUGUUUUAUAAAUUCUCAUUCUUACAUGGUAGUCUUUCAACUAUAUGACAACUUAGCUAUUAGCUAAAUAUUUUUAGCUUUUAAUUUGUUGAAAUUUUAAUCAUUUGCAUGUUUUUGUGUUAUUUCUAGCUAAUGGUUGCAUAAUAUUGACCAACCAUAACAGUCUGCCAAAUUUUGUUUUUACACUUUGUAAGAACCUCUCAGUAAGUGUUUCAUGUAUAGCUUUGUGAACUUUUUGUGUAUCUUCAAACAUACUCUUUAAUGUACAGUAUUGUAAAUAAAUUGCAUGGCUUUUGUAUAGCUCUGAUAAAUGUCAAAUGAAGUCAUACAGAUUAAGAAGUAAAGUAAGUUGUUUAUAAAAAAAUAAAUUAGGAAAAUUAAGUUUAGAAACCUGUAAAGUAUCAGUAGGUUCCAGCUACAUGUGGGAUCUGGCAUCAAAUAGAUACACAGUGAAACCUAUCGAUGCUCUGCUUUUCAUGUUAAGAAUUAUGACACAUUCACAGUGAUUAUGUACCAUCGAUUUUAGGAAUGUUUCAGGGAAGGAAAGUAAUUCAUAUAUUCAAAAAAUCCUUUCAUUGAACACCGACAGCAACAUCAAGAUAAAAUAGAUUUCUUUAAAACUUUAACCACUGCAUCAUACUGAUUUGACGUGCCUCGCAGUAACAUUAAGUAUUUCUUUUUUAUUUUAAUUUCAUCGAACAUUGUUUUCAAGUAUGAUGGAUGUGUUCACCUUGUUAGUUUAUAUUUUCAGUGUCAUUUUCCAUAAAGUGUUUUUUCCUUUCACUCAGCAAAUUCUCCUUAGAAUUUAAAAUAUAUAACACUAACUAUAGAAGCUAAGUAUGAUCCCACAUAACUUCUUUUUCUUUCCUUAUGUCAGAAGUUGGGUUUUCCAUUUCCCAUACCCAAGUGCCUACCUUAGUUCUGAUGUGAUGUGUAGUCUAUUUGCUAGUCUGUUCUCAAGUAUAAAAUGUAAAUUCUAACAGCUUAAUUCUCCCUUUUAAGCAUUCUCUUAUCUUUCCUUAGCAUUCACCCCAUAUUCCCUAUGUGAGUGAGCAUUUUUUUUUAAUUACACUUUAUUCAUUUUGUAUCCCCCCAUAAGCCCCUCCCUUCUCCCCUCUCAGUCCCACCCUCUCUCCCCCUUCUUCACGCAUGCCCCUCCCCAAGUCCACUAAUAGGGGAGGGCCUCCUGAACCCCAUGAGGAGAGCAACAGAACCAGAAAAUCUGAACACAGGGGUCUUCCCAGAGACUCAUACUACAACCAAGUACCAGGCAUGGAGAUAACCUAGAACCCCUGCACAGAUGUAGCCCAUGGCAGUUCAGUGUCCAAGUGGGUUACAUAGUAAUGGGAAGAGGGACUGCCGCUGACAUAAUCUGAUUGGCCUGCUCGUUGAUCACCUCCCCCUGAGGGGGGAGCAGCCUUACCAGGCCACAGAAGAUGACAAUGCAGGCACUCCUGAUGCGAGUGAGCAUUUUAAAAAUCUUUUUUUUUUUUUUUUUUUUUUAAUUAUUAGCAUUCCUUGGGCAUUAACACACCACAUCAGCUUCCCAGAUCGUCCUUUGCAGUCAUUCACUUCUGGUCAAACUGGUCUUUGUUUGGAUUUGUCUUUCUCUGUGCUUGCUGAUUACGUCCAUUCUCCUUGAAACUGAACAUGUGUCUGCUUACAUUUUUCAAAUCAAUCUCAUUAUGUAUACACUUUUCGACAUGACUGUAAGUGAGUCAUCUGUUGUUGGUUUUGGUUUGUUUUGUUUUUUAGGUUUUGUUUUUUGGUUCUUUUUGGUUUUGUUGUUUGGGUUAUUUUUGUUUGUUUGUUUGUUUGGUUUUGGUCUAGAAAUGUCUAAUCUUAUUACAUAAAGUUUACUGGUAUCUUUAGUUUGGCUUCUCAACCUGUGUCUCUACCUGACAAGUAACUAUGUAGUUUCAUGUUUACUCAGUUAACUUUUAUAUUUUAGUGAGUUAGGUGAAAAAGCAAAAUGUGAAAAACUGAUUUCAGUUGUGCUUUUUCCUGAUCCUGGCUUCACCCUUCAUCAUAUGGUACACAGGAUCAUGAUUCCUUUCUUCAGAAUCAACCUUUACCUAUGUCUCCUAUAGUAAUCACUUUCUGUGGUCCUCUGUGUCUAUUUUUGUCUGGGAUAGCACACGGUAAGGGAAGAAGUUUGGUUUUCCCUUUCGUCCAGAGUACAUGUGCAAGAGGAAGAGGCAAGACAGGGCAGCAACCUUUGCGCCCGGUGAAUCAGUUCCUAAAAGCUUUUCUUAACUCUUAGAAUUGAAAAUUCUAUCCUACCUAGACAUCUGGUUUUAAUGCCUAAUUUUAAUGAUAUUAGAGUCAUUUCAAAAUGAACAAAAAAGUCUGUCAUUUAAACCUAAGUAAAAGAUAAAUGGAAGAGAGAUGCAGAUGGCUGUGACUCUUCAAGGAGAAUCCAGUAACUCCUGAGUAAGCCAGGGUGGUAACAGGCUGACAAUUUAAACCCACAACAAAGAGACACAACAACAAAACCUAUAUUUUGCAGAGGCUGAACGAUAGGCAUAAAAACAUUUGGGAGCAUGAAUGAGGUGUUUAGGUUUUCUUAGGUCAGUACUGAGUCCGGCUUUUGUCCGGUAGAUAUUAAUAUGUUUUCAUGAGUACCUUUAGAGCUUAGCCAGGGACGUGGUGAAGACAGUGCUGCUCCAUGCUCUCAGGUGGAAGGUCUGUUCCCCCCUAAUCCAGCACUGCCCCAGCCUCUUGCGCUUCUGUCUGCUUGUCUCAUGUGAUUUUUCAGCAGGAUACUGAGAUUUGUUUUUAAAUUACAUAUUGGUAAAUACUUUAUUUGCGGCCAGAACUAGGUUCUCUGUCUCUCAUACCUGUGCCCUAUCAUUUAAAAUAUUUGUCAUAAAGCUAUGGUAACUCAGGUUAUUAUGAGUAAAAACUUGAAGUGGCCAGCAAGAUGGUUGAGUGGAUAAGGAUGAUUGCCACCAAGCCUGAUCACCUGAGUUCAGUCUCUGCAGGCGACAGUAGAGAGAACUGACAUUGUUCUCUGAUGUCACAUGAUACCAUGUAUAAAUGCGCAUGCACACACACAAAUGCAUGUAAAAAAAAGUUCUUGAAGUAAAUAGUGAUGGGCUAGGAUUUUGGUAACUUUGAAUUGCUAACUGAAAUAUCUCUAAAAGUAAAUUGAACAAUGUAGAAAACUUUAGAACCAAAUCUGGAGCUUAAUUUUUUUGUGUUAAUGUUUAAUACUUCUUAAUCAUUCCAAUAAAAAUAAAACUGACAUUUUCAGUGUGAAUUAUUUAUAAAUAAGAUUAUUACAUUUGAGAUUCAAAGUACAGUGUGAAAAUAAUAGACAUGAGAUAAAUUUCUUGAAGUUGUUUGAAUGGCCAUCUUGCCUGAGGCAAGUUAAUAGACCAUGACUUUAUUUUGUGCUUAGUUUCCUUCUGACUCCUGUUUACUCAGGAUUAAUGAAGUAGUUAUUUUCUCUUAUUAAUUUUACAAGAAUAAAAUAUAACUUACUUCCGGUCAUGCAGUUUGUACUUGGGGAAAAAGUAUGAAGAGGCAGGAGAUAAUAUGAAAACACAGUAUAAGUAACAUAUUAGGAGACUUGAAACUUGGCCCUACUGGAUCCUUUAGGUUCUUAGCCUAUUGUGGGAUAAUUUUGAAUAUUAUGUUGGCAGGUGUGUUGCUGAUUCUUCUCCAUUCUAUGUUUUUUAAAGUACUUAAAUUAACAUGUCUUCACACAAUGCUUCUUAUUUUAGCAGCUAGUUUCAUUUAUAUAUUUAAAAUACAUGAACACUUUCAGAUUUUCAAAUAUAUUGUCUUCUUUGAUAAGAAAUAUGUGCUAAACAUGAAGUCAUUGGUUUAUAAUCAAAAGGUAAACCAGGUAAGAGUUUGAGGUAACUAAAAUGCAACAGUUGCUUGGCUCAAAAUACAUCUCAGAGUGGUCGGCUUUAUUCCUCUCAGUUUUUGUGAAGUGAGAUUUUAAAUAAGAUAUUUAUCUUUAACUUUUUAAAGAGAAUUAGUACAUAGUUGGAUUCAAAAAUCAUUAUUUCUUCAAAGUUAUAUUUUUAGAUUAAAACAAAUGUAUUUGUGAUAUACUGGGUCAAAAAUUUAACUUCUGUAUCUCAGACCUGUUUACAUCACAGUCCCCAAACACAGUUUCUGAUUGCUGUUACAUUGUUUGUUUUUAGCUUGCUGAGGAACAGGUUUCCCAGAAGAGUUUUGAAGCUUAUCUUUUCUCUGACUAAAUCCAGCAGUGAUGGGAUUACUAUAGGAACAAAGGUGGAAUUUCCAUGUAUUAGGCUGUUACUGCAGUUCCCUUUGUAGUUCUUUUUAUACGUUUAACACAGACUCCAAGUUGAAAACAUAGUGUAUUUGGUGUCCAACCCUCAAAGCAGCGCAUAGUUAACUCAGCAAGAUUAUGAGGAGCUAUUCAUAGUGAAGUCUAACACUUCUAGAAGGAAGCUGUUGCCUUCUGCUUAAUUACAUUAAUUGAAAUGUGUUUAAGAGAAACAUUUUCAGGAUAUUUUGUAUGCUGUGAAACACAAGAGUAUUGUGCCAAUGGCCAAAGGUAAUAUGACUACCGUGUAGAUGAUGACAGUUCAUAUCGUCCCACUUCACCCAGAAUUUUAGAAACUAGAACUCUGGGUGAUACUGCAUCAGUUGUAUUGGGUGAUUCUUAAGUCCUGUUCAUGUUGUUCAUCUUGUAAUUAUUCAGGAUGACAAGGAACAAUGCCGGGCUGUCCCAGAUGCAGAACUUCAUUACACAGAGACUGGCUUCAAACGCAGAGUAUUAGCCAGUCAUGUCUGUGUGCUUUAUCCUAUAAUUUCCCUUAGAACUAAACUUAAAAGGAUUGAAAAAUGAUUUGGGAUGUUCAGUGAUUGCAUGAAUGAUAGUAUUACUAAACUUUAACUCUUGACAGUUUAUUUGAAUUAUGGAAUAGAGAAUGUAAAAUAUGUUCUGUGUACUUGCUCUUUAGUGGCCUCCAUUACGUAGCAUCUAUUAAAUUUACUAUUUGUACAGUUCUGACUUACAAUUAUGAUUGCUGUUCAUGUAGGGAAACAGUUGUGUUAGGAACAAGAGAAUAGAAGUGCCCCCAAUGCUAUUUUUUAAAUUCACUUGUAAUUGUUGCUCUUAUACUUGUGUAUGACACAAUAAAAUUUGUAAAAACAUUUUAGCAUGAAAAAUAAAAUUUGUAUCAACAAAGUA